CGAUCAGAAGUGCUAUUGAGUAUUGAAUGUCAGGGAAGCAUCAAGUGAUUGUCGAAUGUUUUUAAAGGUACGGAGAUUUGAUUUUUAUAUAUAGAUUCAUAUUCUUAUACCAGUUUUCAAUGUGUGUUUAUUAUAAAAUACAUAUGUUAUUUUACUGUCGAUGUGUCUUGCCAGUACUGUUGGACCAUAUAUAUUAGGACUAUUAGUAGUUUUGAAAUCAGCGGCAUAUUGCUGCGUCAGUUCUGGCUUCAGAUUAAUUUAACCUCGGAAUUUAACCGGCAAUAACAGUGUAUUUCAGAACCAUCCUUAGAGACACAAAAAAACAGUUUCAUUUUAUUCUGACACUGCAAUCGACCAACGAAAAAUUCGUUGGCUCGAGCGGGAUUUGAACUCGCAUCUUCGGGUAUCUAGAUCAAUGGGUAGAGCGGCGGUCUUGAUACCCGAAGAUGCGAGUUCAAAUCCCCCUCGUUCUAGAUUAUAACCUCAUUAUGUUUAUAGCAAUCUCACGGUCACGGUGUAGUUUUCCAUUGCUGCAAGAUUUUAGUUGAAAUAUUUAUAUACAGUACACUGAAUCUUGAAAUUGGCCAUACGAUGUAAUAUGAAUAGGGCGCUUAUAUAUUACGAAAGUUACCGAACUGUAGCAUCGCAUCAACAUUACAACAUCUAUAUAGGCCUACCUAUUCUACUUAUCAAUAUUUAGUUAGAUACAUGACAGAAACCAUAGGCUUCACAUAUUUCACGGCAUGGUUUGCUUUCAAGACCCUGUGAGUACAUAAUCUAACUGCAUCUAUACUUAAAUACUAAGGAAUAAAUUUACAAGCCUUACGUAGCCUUAACUACAUGUGAUGGACAGAUUACGAAAUACACAGACACAGACACACAGUUAACAACAAGGACUAACAGUAUACAUGUUAACUUCAAUUACGAUAUUUGUACAAUGGAUUGACAUAAACUAAGACACAAAACAGAGCACGCAUAAUACGCGUGCACCUUUUAUACAAUAUUUCACGGUAUGGUCUACUUUCAAGACCCCGUUGAAAAUAUAAGAAACCAUUAGAUAAAUCAUGAUUAUGAGUAAGCCACAGGUCCAAGACGCAUGUACUGGGUCCUAUUACUUAUCUUAAGCCCACCGCACACGAGAGCAACUUGCUGAGCUAACUGCCUCGCGAGGCAGUUAGCUCAGCUAUGUAUUUUCUCCGCACACGUUGGGAAAACUAUACUCAACAACAACAUAAAUGACAAAAUCAUUUGCAUUUUCCUCCAUUUUGUUUCAAGUCACAUGAAGAAACCAUGGUUUGUCAUUGGCUAAUUGAUUCAAACAGCUCAGCACUUAGCUCACAACAUCCGCAGACGCUGAGAUUUUUUCCUCGCGAGGCGAAAAAUAUCAAACACGAUAGAUAUUUUCCUCAAGGCCUCGAGAGGUCAAAUCCUCACGAAAACUAUCCGCACACGAGAGCAACUUGCUGAGCUAACCGCCUCGCACACGAGAGCAUGUUGCUCUCAUGUGCGGCGGGCUUAAAAUUAAAAUACUACGACCGCACCUACAUAUUUUUGCAUGUCUACAAUUCUAAUUUUAAACAGCCAAUCGACGUUUAAUAAUUGUACAUGUAAUUGUUGCCAAGAACCGGAUUAUGGCAGAGGAGGAGUAUACCGACAUGCAACGCGGUCAGGGGUGGUUUAUUAAAUAUUAUCGAUUUCUCGCUCUGCGCCGUCAUUGUUCGGUCGGCUUUCGCUGCGUUUACAAUAAUACCGGCUCGCGGUUUUGAGAGAUUCAGAAAAGAUUUUAUAGAAAAAAAUAUAUUGUCGAAUGUGAAUUUUUGCACUAUUUAUUUGUGAAAAGAAAGCUUCGUUUUUGGGUGGACACGAGCUUCGAUCUGUUUAUACAAAAAGAAACAAAUUCGGAAAAAUAAGGUCAUCUUGAAAUUCAAGAUAUGAAUUAAAACAAGACGAGUGUGUGAGACUGUAAAUUUUCGACUUUAUUUCAAAGUCAUCAUCAGACAGAAUGAAAUACAAUACGUUGCAUACAGCAUGCAUAUAUGCAGAGCAAGAGCGGAAGAAUACACGACACCGAAAAAAGAGGAUUAACAAGGCAAAGACUUAGACUUGCUAACACUUAGACUAAGCUUAGUUAUUUUACACAAUAAAAUUUAACAAAUAUAAAACAUUUUUCGUGUUGGUAUACAGUUAUAUCAACACGAGUGGAAAUUGGGAAAACAAGAAAUUGUCCAAAAGAAAGAAAUUUUCCGACGUUUCCGUGUUGACAUUGAGUUAUAUCAACACGGCUCUAAGGGUGGAAAAAGUAUCGGACCACGGGACCAUUGGUCCCAGAAAAAUUUUUGAGUUCCCAGAAAAUAUUUCCUCAAGAAAGAAAAAAAAGAUAAUUGUAAAAAUUUAAUAGAGAAAAGGAGAAAUUCAGAGGAAAUAUUCUAACCAAUAGAAAGAAUGUUACCUGUACUGUAUAGAUAUGACCUCAGAAAUAGAACAGCAAAUUUUCAAAAUUUUUUGGGGAGCAUCGAUCCUCCUAGUAGUGCCCCCUAGUACUGCCUUAUAUUUAGCAUUUUUAUUCACCGCAGGAUCCGACCCUUCAUCAGUGGCGUAGCUAGCGGUCCUGCUCAGCAGGACUAAAACUUUCCACAAAAUAGAGAAAUGAUUGUCCAAGUUUCAAACCGUCCAAUUUUUCAAAGUGUCCAAUCUUGAACUUUAAAAAUUCAUUGUACUUUUUCUGGUCUUAUUCAUUAUUUUCAUUUUCUGCUUUCUAUUACAUUUACACAAUUUUAUGGCCUUGUUACCUAGCAACUGCAACUCUGCAACAGCUCAUUUCCGGGUAUAAUAUAUUGACUUACACGCUACUCGUGUGUCACUUCUGCUAUACCAAGAUUUUGCUGGCAUCUCAGUGAUCUCACUCAAUUGAAUAAUAGUUCAGUGAAGGGUCUUGUAGAUGGGAAUUAUCAAGUAGAAAUUUAUAUGCAUUUAUUAAACCUAACCUGCACCGCUCUAAUGAACUCGGAUUCUAACCGAUAACGGUGCAGUGCUGUAACUUCUGUUUACACUAUAAAGCUACGCCUAGCAUUUUUCUCACAAUAAAUUUGUCACAAAUUUAUCAUCUACGCGAGCAAAAUAUCUUUGACAUAUGAAAUUUGUCAAAUAAAAUGUGCUCGUGUAAACGGGGCUUAGCCUUAAACCAGGGGUUAAUAUAGUUGUACAUACGGUAUAUAUAUAGCAGAAUGGUUAGAAAUCAAGCACGGUAAUUUUAUAGAAUACGUGUACACGCGUUUUAAUAUUUAUGUCGCUAAAUCUGAUCUGAUAAAGGGAAUGGAAUGUUGUGCUCCAGUGAGCAGUCGCUUGUGGGGAGAAACCUCGACACAAAGAGCGGCUGCGAAGGAGACUAAGUCCUGUUUUACACGUCGAAUUUCGGUCGCGUCGAAUGCCAAUUCAAACAAUAGAUAAUGAAGCGUAAUGAGGUUUAUCAUCUCAUUAUCUAUUGUUUGAAUUGCAUUCGACGCGACCAAAAUUCGACGUAUAAAACAGGCUUAACAAACUUGUUGCAUGCGAACACAUCUUGUUGACAAGUUGUGAGAUUUUUACAUAUGUAGUCAACUCGUCACAGGCUCCUCUCUUGUGGAGGUGAGAGCAAAGUUGAGGUCUUGGCAUUUAAACCUGUCCAAAUUAAAAUACUUCUAAACCAAAGCAACGAAAAUAAAAAAAAGCACAAAUAUUGUGAGCCAGCGGUUUCUUUUGCCAUUCGUGACCCUACUUUUUUAUUUUAUAUUUUUGUUCUUCUAUACGUUUUUCAUGUCAUAUCAGAAAAUAAGAGAAAAAUCAUUUUUACAACUUCGAAAAUUUUACAUUUUUUGCGCAUGCUUCUCAAAAUACCAUGUCUGAGAAGAUGGAGAAAGACAUCUUUGCACCACGACAAUGCACGUCAAUGUUUUUUCAUUCGCUAAAGUACCUUGUUUUCUUGUAUAUAAUCAUUAGAUAGACACUUUUCGUAGGAUUCUACAGUAGUUAAGAAAGUUCAAUAACAGUUGAACGGUUGAGCUCUGGGCCCUUUUGAUCAUUAGUUAAAAGUCAACCGAAAAAGCUACAUCUGCCUGCUUUCUCAUAUCCUGUCACAUUCUCGACAUUCCAUCUUAUAAAAGUCAGCACAGGGUGCUAAAAGGGGAUUGUGGGUGUAGGAUUGCAGGUAGUCUGCAAAUUAUAUAAUCCCAGUUGGAUAGGAAGGAGAGAAACUAAAAAUUUUAUUGACACUGAUAAAAAUCUAAAAAUUGUAGCUAAAAUUAUGGAAAAAUUAAGAGCCGUGAAGCCCCCCCCCCCCCCCUCGUUCGCCAUCAAUUUUGGGGAAAGAAAUACGAAUUAGCGUUUGAAACUAUUUAGUAGGCAAUAUUUCACUUAUAAAGCCCCCUCCCCCUUCAAAUUGAGCUAGCGCCGCCCCUGAGCACAUGAUAAUUUUUAUGUACCCGUAAUUGUGUGGGGGAAAAGGCCCUUAUUGAGACUUAGCCCCAGUAGUUGUAAUUUCUUAAAAAAAUGCCAUGGUUGAGCUGAUUAUUCCUGUAACUCGCAAAAGGGUCAAGAUAACGCCAUAUUUAGGGAAAAGUCCAUAUUGCACUCGUCAUAUCUUCGAAACGAGUUCUGUGAUCCCAACUUUUUUCUAUGAGCAUAUCAUAAACUUUACCAAGUCGCAUACUUGACUGCAUGUUGUCAUAUUAACGGCUUAUUGACCGAGCGUGAGGUCUGUACUGUGAAAUAUCAGACCGAAGUUUUGUAGUAUAGACCGAGCGACGAAGGAGCGAGGUCCAUGCAAAAGACAGAGGUCUGAUAUUUCACGGUACAGACCGAACAAGCGGGGUCAAUAAUCGGUUUAUUAUAUGGCUGAACUGAGUCUGUGAGCAUAUGCUUUUCGCGCGAAUUAAAUCGACUAUCGUCAGUUUCACUGGGUAACAAUACACGGUAGGUGCAUCCAUGCUCAAUCAAAAAUAAUUUGGUUGUUUGAAAUUUUUAUCGGUAAAGCACAAUUAUUGGAAAUCUUGUUCACAAUUGGAAAUCAAUUGGAAUUCUGUUUGCAAAGCAAAAUUAAAAUUUCCCGCCAAAUAAACGACAUCUGGGACACAGGUCCAGAUACGGAAAAUACGGACCACGGUCCGGAUAUGGGUUUUUACGGACCGCUUGUCAACCAAUCAGAAUAGAGAAUUUUGAAAAGCCAUAUAAUAAUAUUAUUUAUUGUCCUAUUGUUCUAAGGACAUUAAGAAACUGAAAUGUUUUUCUUUUUCAAAAUAUAGGAUUUGAGUCAGAAAUUAUUCCCAGCUUCGUUUCAUAAUGACUUCAUCUUGCUACCUGACCGCAGCAGUUUUUCUCAUGUGCUGCUCAACAACAACAGUUGCUCAAGAAAGUUCAACAUUUCAGCCAGGGAACAAAACUGUCAUUGGAACAACUUUGAACCCAACAACAACUUUUGCUCAAGAGAGUUCAACAUUUCAACCAGGACACAACACUUCCGUUGGAUCUAAUUCGACCAGCUGCAAAAAUCUUCGCGUUGACAAAUCCAAAAUCGACGAAGUACUGAGUAAGCAGGGCAGUUCCACUAUGACGAAUAUAGUUAACAUAAAAAUUUCUAUUGUUCCUGGCAAAAAGCCACCAUAUUUGCAAGAACUGGAAUUGCCUUGGGCGAGUGAAUUUGGUCGCACUAUAAUUCAUUUGGUUCGGCGCGCCAGAGAUAGUUGGAUCUUCAAUUCACCUAUCUUUACUUUCAUGUUAGAAGUUGGAACUGAAGAAGUGGAUAUUCAAAUCACGGAGGAAACAGAUGGUUGUUUGCCAUCCAAAAAACAAAAAACGGAUUGGAUUUUUGACUCUCUUCUGCAUCAGCUUUCACAUAAUUUAGACAAACGUUUCUUUAAACUUUGCCGAAUUAAAGAUGAAUCUAUUCAUUAUGCAUCAUACAACUGUUGUAGAAUUGCCGGUGAAAGAAACUUGACAAUUUGUGCUGAAUAUUCAUCUGCUGUAGUCAAAUGGGCUCUUCCAAUAGUGAUAUUCGUAUUUCUUAUAUCCUUUUUCAUGAUUUUACCUUUUGUGCUCCAGUAUAUCAUAAGAUAUCCGACAACUGAGUUUUACAAAACUUCUGAAAGUCAUAUGUCUCUUAGUUCUCUUGCAUCUAAGGUGUUUUUUGAAGGAUGUGGACUGGUUAAGUCUUUUUUCCGUCGAUGUGUAUUCGCAGGAUUUGCAUCAGUGGCGUUUGUUUCCUCUGGGCAUUCAUUGUUGCAGUGGGUAUUUAUCGAAUGGCUGAUAGUUUUUGUAUUCGUUAACGAUAUUCAAAUGACGAAUGAAAAAGGCAAGGAAGAAUGUAUCAAGAAACGCGAGGCAGAAUGUGCCAAGACAUGCGAGCAUAAAAGUACAGACGAAUGCAAGCAGAAAUGUAUUAAAGAAUGCGAGGACAAGUGUACCAGGCCGCAGUGGGAUACGAACAUAAUUAAAGGUUUUACACUCCCUUUCUGGCUUCUUUUUAGUUACAUCACUUGCAUCAUUAAUAGCGACUGCAUCAAGCGUUGCAAAAACUCUGAACGUCGCAAAAACUGUGAGUCAUGUGAGUCAUUUUGCGCGGCGUGGUGUUGCGAUUGUGCAAAUUUCUUUUUAGAUUCAUUGAAAUGUCUUUGUAUGUGUUUCAUAUUUUCAGUUUUUCUAGCUUUGUAUGUAGUUCUUGUAGCACUAUGUUUGCUAAAAUUUUGUUUUAUUGACUUAAUAUUCCACUUUGUUUGGCCACAUCAUCGUCCUGCCAAGUGUUUCGUACCAAAUUUUGUGGUUUUAUUAUUAAGGCUUGUAACGUUGGUCAUAUGCGUCCUUUUCACAGGCACAAUUUUUAUUUUCGCUCUUUCUGUAGUUGUUGGUUUAACUCUUAACGCAGAAUACUUUAACCCUUUCAUUGCACCCAUUUUGACUAUGAUAAUCUAUCUAUUUUUGGAAGAAUUGGAAGUCUUCUGUAGAAGCAAAAUGCUUGCAACUCAAAACGUUAAUUAUCGAAGUUUGUAAGGAGAAAGCCCCUGCACCGGAAAACGGACAGAUCUCAAAGAACAGUGGUACAAAUGUAAAUGGAGAAAAAAACAAUAAAUUGGCGGCCACGUGUCGCUUUCUUGACUUCCUAUGCCCAUGCUUUCGAGAUACCAGUAGAGAUCAACAGACCUGGAGAUAUGGAAAAAAUCUUUGCUGUUGCUCCAUGAAAGACACAACCAAUUUAAAUUGGUCAUUUCAACCAAUAUGUUUUUACAGUGUGUGUUGCCGACAUCCCAUGCAUGAAUAGGGAAAUCCCAGAAAAUUUUUGAAAUUUGAAGCCCGGAAAUGCAAUUUCCUGCAUUCCGAGCGUCCAAAUUUGCUCUAAAAUUUAUGCUGACUAUACUUGUAUUUGAAAUAAAACAAAGAAAAAAACGAACAAAAGGUUUAAAAAAAUAUUAACCAUAAUUUAUCAUUACUUAUUAGAGGGGGGUAGCAAUGGCCGAAGGCUACGUGUGUGGGGGCAUACUCUCGCAGAAAAUUUUUGAAACUUGAAGCCCGGAAAUCCCAUUUCCUGCAUUCUGAGCAUCCAAAUUUGCUCUAAAAUUUACGAUACAAGUGCUAUUCUAGAUAUUUUUAUCGUUAUGCCACAAAAUAAACAUUGUUCUAAAAACUCAUUAUUCAUUGUGAUGUCAUAAGUGUGAUAUUUGCAUAUCAAAAAAAGUUGAAUAUAUCAAGAAGAAAGAGAGCUACAAAAAUUCUACCAAAGAGGUUACAUAGUUAUUUCAAAUUAUCUUUGCAAUGCAAUCAAGAAAACGUUGGGUGGAAUUUCGUUGCAUAGGCACUUAAGAAUACAAUAGCGCUAUAUAGUAACCUAAAACUCAGUUUUCACGUCACUCGUUAGUAAGCUUUCUAAUAAAAAAAGAAGAGACGUGCUUGUUUUACUCUCACGCGGUGCAACGGUUUGUAAUCGUGCCGUUGGUUUGUCAAAUAACUGGCAAGAAAACUCUCGAAUAAACGCUAGUCUAAGGCCCCGGAACGACAUCAAAUUUUACGGCUUCGAGGUGAAUUUGGCACUUAAAAUUAUGAUAAUAUAACAUAAUUAAACAAAAAGUUCAUAUAUCAAACGUUGUAAUAGCAGACAAGACUGAAAAACACCUUAAAUUGAUGUCGCUCCGAUACGAAUCCGGUAUCGUGUAUUAAACUGGAGCCUAAGAUUGAAUAUGCUCCGUACCGUUAAACACUCUGACGUUUAAUCGAGUAAAUACGACAAUCAGUGGCGACUGGCGAUGGAAAUUAAUAAAGUGUGAAAAUUGACCAUGUAAUCAUCACUAUAAUUAUACAUGAAUUAUACUAACUGAUCAUUUUUGCGUUUUCAGCAAAAAUGGGAUUUUCAUAAAUUUUGCAUAUAUUAUUUGUCACUGAUCUGAAGAAUUGAAACUAAUGGCGGUCAUAUUGGUUUGACCACCACAAAUUUACCCGGUGGUAUUUCUGUCUUGCUGGCAUGUUAUACUGGGUUUUUUUAUUGGUCGGAAAGAACAAACAUGGUUAUCUGAAUGGCCUGUCUUUCUUUUUAAUUGACCAGUGAAUAACUAAUUUGGUCACAUCAAGUUAUGUUGCACAGGAAAACAUAUAGUUGCCUACUAGUAAAACUGUAAUUUAACCAGCUAACGAUUUCCCGAUUGGUAAAGAAUUUCACAGAUUUGAAAAUUUCAUCUUCAAAAUUAUUCUGGCUUCAAAAGGAUAUUCCAUCCGGUCUAGUCUUCAGAUCAGUGGCAGAACAACACAUAUCAGUUGUACUAUGAUAUAUAACCUUCACUUUCUUAUGUAUGAUGUAAUUUAUAUAACUAUUAAAUGUGAUUUGUAUUAUUAAAUGUGUAAUCAUACCGAUGGCAUGCG